AUGAGCUCGACCGUCGCUAACCGUGUCGCCGAGAAUGGCGUCGUACUCGGGUUUUGGACGAAUUGGUCCCAGGGCUCUAUCAAAGGAGCAACGAUCACACUUACGAAGAGCAGCGGCGCGUUCUUGACUGCAGCUCUGGCCGUGUUUGUCACCUAUGUUGGCGCUAGAUUUUGGAGAAUCUCCUGUUUCGCAGUCCACCAUUGGCGUUCAUCCAAAGAUCCGCGAGAUGCUCUCUACCACCAGCGCCAAGCAUUACUCCGGAACUCAGACUCGUCCUCAGGCGUGCUAGCUGAGAUCUUCUGGAUGAUCUGGUCCUGGCGACGCAAGGCAGGGCUUCUUCGCGUACUGAAGCGUUUACUUCCGCUGUUCGCGCUGGCAGCCACGUUGGCCGCUGGGUUCGCAGUCGCGGGUGUAUUCUCCUCGCGCAUCUCAAGCUCUAUGGGUGGGGAAGUCAUGAUAUCCAGCCCAAACUGCGGCUACUUGUGGUGGGAUUCCAACUUCACUUUCACCGACACGGACACGCUCAUCAACUAUGCUACCCAGCUUACAGUUGAUGCCGCCGCCUACGCUCAGCGCUGCUAUCGCGGCGAGGCUGCAACGACGGAGUGCCCGACCUACGUGCAGAAAAGUAUCGAAGGUAGCGUUACCCGCAACGCAACCUGCCCAUUCGAUCCGAAGAUAUGCUUGCUGAAUAACGAUAACCUCGUCAUCGAUACGGGGCACUUCGAUAGCCACCAUGACUUGGGGCUAAAUGCGGCCCCACAGGAUCGAUUUCUCUACAGACGGGUGACUGCCUGCGCGCCGUUACGCACAGAAGGCUAUUCGGAACCCGUGAACCAAACUAUGGGAUCGUUCGACUUCCCCUACAUGACAUAUCUGUACGGACCGAACACUCACACUGGCGCCAACUACACAUACGACUAUCCUAUGUUUCGGCCCUCGGACAUCUCCAAAAACGCGGCUGACUAUACUAUCAUGGCACUUAGAGUGUAUGCGGAAAACUGGGGCGACUUUGACCCGAUCCCAGAAAUUAACCAGACCAAUGGGGACGCGGACCUAGCCUUGCUUGCACUUUCUGCGAACGACAUCGCCUUCGUGCAGCCCGUCACCGACCCGUGGUACAUGGCAACCACAAAGGAGGACGGCGACGGCGAGAUCACAGUGCCAUUAUAUCUUCCGGACCGACCGGCCUCUUUCGUGGGGUGCAAAGUGCAGCAUCAAUGGUGCGAUCCGAACGUAAACGGUGCCAAUGGGUGCACAAAACUGGCUGGUUUCACCCAAGUGGCCAACGAGGCUGCGUCGCUUUUCCAGAGGCCUCGCCAAAAUGCUUCUUUCUACGCGAUGACUUGGGCGCUCAACGUUUCUCCCAGCAUCGAGGCAAUCAUCGAUCGACUUGGUACCACCGCGUUGACCUCCAGGUACACACUAAAUGCUGGUAUCCAGGGCCCGUUGCCGUCCAAUCAGUGGCAGAGUGACGUCGAGCACCUUCAUGCCACGACCUUGGCUGCUCUACAGCGCAUGACUAUCGAGCAAGCUACAGGUCCGACUGACCAGAAUUUGCAACGGUUCUUUAUUAGACCGAAUGAUGACAUGGAACGCGAGGCACGCUGUCAGCAGAAAGUCCGAUCGACGGAUUACACAUCCUUCUCCGUCCUCGGCCUCAGCCUUACUCUUAUUCUCGGCGUUCUCAUCAUCCUCACCUCCUAUACCCUAGAGUCACUGGCAGCGUUCAUCCAGAAGCACCGCAAAAUAGAUCCAUACCAUCGUCUCGAAUGGGCCUUGAACGGCACAUUCCAGCUGCAGCGCCUCGCACACGAGGAGCUUGGCUGCGGAACCUGGAGCGGUGGCGACGACCUCGUGCCGCUAACAGAACAGAACGCGAAGCUCGCUGUCCUAGAUAUCAUCAACGUCAAGCAUCCUCGCUUGCAGGCUGCUGAGGAAGAAAAGGCAAAUACCACGCUUAGCGAUGCAGUGGCGGGGAAGGGAUCCAUGAGUGAGAAGAACGGGAGCGUGCAGCACAGGGAGCAGGUGGGUCCCAUCGACCCCGGUAUUAACCGCGCAGAAACUCUGAGCACGGCCGUAGAGUCGCCCGUCUCGCCAGUGAAGGGUGGUGUGAGGGAUCUCCGAGCUGGCGGAACGGCAGACACCGGCGCAGACCCACCUAGGCAUGACGGAACGGCGGAGCGUGGAGGGAGCUUGUCUCCACCAGUCUCACCCGUCUAG